GUUGCUCGGUGUAGAUGCUACAAGAAGGGGGUAGUCGACAGUAUCAUACGCGAUCACGCGUAAACAAAACAGUGGACCAGAUUGGAGAAGUGUCAGGGGCGAUGUUUGAUCAAGACCGGUCCAGGCCAGGUCAGAAGAAUGGCCAAUGUCCGAUCCUACACCCACGCUUGCUUCCGAACUGGCAUCAGCAGUCAACGUAUCGUUGGCUCAGGCUCAUGCGACACACAGGGCAGCGAACAUUGACUCGAUUAGUCGGGUGUUGCAGGAAGAGUUGCGUAAAGGGUUUAUCGAGAUGAUGCACCAACUCAACGAGGUACUCCAGCAGGUUAGACAGCUGCAGCAGCAGAAGGAACCGCAGCGGGAGGAGGUUCACCACGAGCAGGAGUAUCGAGGAGCAAUCCCGAAAAGGAAGCCGUCUAGCACGACUGAUGCGCCAAUUCCGCCACCAAAACCAUUUUUGGCUCGCUCGGGGCGAGGUGGUAUUGGUCCGGAACCGUCUUCAGGAGUAGUACCGACCGCAUCCAGUGAGCGGCAUCAACGAGGUGGGCAUCAAGCGUGAAAUUGGCGAAACCCGAUAGCACUCAGACACUCGGGUCAGGGUCGUGUCGAGAGUAGGAGAGCUGGUGGGAUUCCUCGAGAAGAUCCGCAUCCAAAUCCCCCGGGUUAUAGACCUUGGCCACGGUGGAGCCGAGUCGAAAAAUGGGACGUGACGUUCGACGGAGACAGCAACAAAAAGACAGUCGAGGAUUUUGUGUUCCGAAUUUAAUUCCUACAAUGCCGCUGUCCGUGGGAUGAAGUUCUAAAGGGAUUUCAUCACCUGGUUACCGGAAUGGCGCGGGAAUGGUACUGGCAGUACAUCCGUGAUCAUGGCGGUGGUGUUUGGCAGGAACUAAGGGGCGACUUAAUUGCUCGUUUCCGAGGCACGGCGUCCGAGUUCGACCGCAUGAGAGAACUGCGA